AUGGCGCUUCGAGUCAAUAUCCCCCCCGCGACCCGGGUUUGUCUUAUUAGCCUGCUCACGCUCUCCCUUUUGUACAACAUCGCUCGAUGGCGGCAACUUGACAUCACAGGAAAAACCAGCACCAGCACCGGCACUCCUAUCAUUUCUCCUAUCAUCCCCUACCUCACACUGGUCCCGUCGCAGUUUAUCUUCUAUCCUUGGACCCUUCUCACAGCGACCUUCGUGGAGCAGAACAUCUUUACCGUCCUCUUAAACGCCUCUACCCUUUUCUAUGGUGGGAAGUACUUGGAGCGCGCAUGGGGUUCUCGCGAGUUUGCGAAAUUUAUUAUCGCCAUCGCGGUGAUCCCGAACGUGGCGAUGGUAUUGCUACACCUGAUGUGGAUUACUAUUAGGGGUGGUUCAAGCAGCGGGUACGCCUUGUUCUCUCCCGAAGAAUGUACAACUUCUUGCGCUUUCCCUGCUAACCCCCCUUCUCUAAGUGUCACCCAAAUCUGUGGCGGAAUCUCUAUUCAAGCCUCCUUCCUUGUCGCUUUCAAGCAGCUAGUCCCCGAGCACACCGUUACCAUCUUCAAAGGCCUGGUGAAAAUGCGGGUGAAGCAUUUCCCUGCUGUCUUCCUGCUAUUAAAUACACUCAGCGGAGUAAUACUUGGGACACAUGUGGCAGCGCUUUUGUCCUGGUUUGGCCUAUUGACAAGUUGGACGUAUCUUCGAUUUUUUAAGAGACAGCCGGAUCUUACUGGGACAUCUACCGACGGUCUCGGCAUCAAGGGUGAUGCCAGCGAAACUUUUGCAUUCGCAUGCCUCUUCCCAGACAUCAUGCAGCCACCGGUUGCAUUCAUUUCCGAUAUUGUUUACUCCGCCCUCGUCUCCCUGAAGAUCUGUACCCCGUUUUCGGCGGAGGAAAUCGCGUCAGGCAACCAGCAAGCACUUGCCCGAGGGGAGGCGGGUCUCCCAAGUCUUCUCGGAAACCAUAGAGGAGGAUCGAGAACUAUGGCCAAGCGCGAGGAGGCUGAGCGAAGACGAGCCGUCGCACUGAAGGCGUUAGACCAGAGACUCCAGGCUGCAGUUGCGGGAAGAACUCAGCCCGGCGCUCCUCAGCCAGGUAAUAGCCAAACCCAAACUCCGACACCAGCAGUUGCCGCUGGGCAGAGCAUGCUGGGAGAAACAAGCUAUACACCGGAUCAUGCUUAA